AUGUUAUCACUCGCCUCAAGAGAAUUGAAUUACAGUUGCCAAUAACAUGCACAGGUCUACGAAAUGAAAACCCUACUUUGCCAAGUGGUACCUAUUACAUGUCCCUUAAUAACACGUCAUUUCCAGUCCACUGUGACAUGAGCUCCAAAAACGCUUCCGGUGUAACAGUAAUUGGACAUGACAGCGAAUCAAAAGUUGAAGUGAAUGGUUAUGAAAGUCCCGAAUCAUACAGAAGGAAAAUAAAAUACAACAUCGACAUGAGGCAGAUUGCUGAAAUUAUCAGCCGAUCUCAAAAAUGUGAACAGUUCGUAAAAUACGAAUGCUUGAAUGCUGGAUUUGGUUUUUCAAAACCUUAUUCUUGUUGGAUACACGACAGGGCUGGAAAAUGA